AUGGCGGCUACCGAUAAGCUACGGAUCAUAGAAACCGCAGUCGUCACCCCCAAUGAUCUGUCAGUACUCCCACCGCGAUCGCUGCCGUUCACCUUCUUCGACGUCGAAUGGCUCCGACAACGGCCGCAGCCGCUCGUCCAGCGCCUCUUCUUCUACCGCCUGACCCAGCAGCACCACGUCACCGUCCAGCGGCUCAUCUCCGACGUGAAGCGCUCCCUCUCCAAGGCCCUCACCCACUUCUACCCGCUCGCCGGCCACGUCCGCCGCACGCCGGGCGCCCGCAGCAACCGCUACGAGCUCUUCUACCAGCCCGGCGACGGCGUGGCCUUCACCGUCGCCGAGUACGGCCUCCACGACGUCGAAGACUACCUCGCCACCUCCGACCACCCCGUCCCGGUCUCCAUGCUCGCGCCUCUCGUGCCGCUCCUGCCCAAGGGCCGGGCGGUGCUCGCCGUGCAGGCCACGGUGCUGCGACGCGGAGGCCUCGCUCUCGGCGUCACCCUGCACCACUCGGCAUGCGACGGCAAUAGCUACACCCACUUCCUGCACACCUGGGCCGCGGCCUGCGCCGGCGCCACUGCUGAUGACAUGCCGCCGCCGCCCGUCAUCGACCGCUCGCUUAUCGCCGAUCGAAACAGCCUCUACGACAUAUACUGCGCAGGCAUACCGUUGCCGAGCGAUGGCGCCGAGAUAGAGCUCGCCGGCACCACCACGUCCUCGUACCCCGACGACCAGCUUCUCGCCACUUUCACACUGUCUCAAGAGCUUAUUCAGAGUAUCAAGGACGUGCUCGCCGCCGAGGCGGCCAGGCGUAACGCUCCGACGCCUCUCAGAUGCUCCUCUCUGCUCGCCGCCUACAGCUUCAUCUGGUCAUGCUACUGCCGAGCCAAGCACCCCAUGGACGCCGCUGGUGACCAAGCAAGAGCAACAACCUACUUCCUCUUCGCCGUGGACCACCGCAGGCGGCUCAACCCGCCCGUUCCGGUGCGAUACAUGGGCAACUGCCUCAGCCCGGCUAUCGCUGCCGCGUGCCAGGAUGAGCUUGUCGCCGCCACCGGAGGCCUCUUCGUGGCGUUCACGGCGAUCACCGACGCCCUGGAGCAAGCGUUGAGUGAAGGGUCGCAGGAGAGGUGGGACAUGUCCAUGGAGCGGGUGAGAGAGGCGGCCAAGGCCGGCAUGCUGUCAGUGGCGGGGUCGCCGAGGUUCCAUGUGUACGACAUCAACUUCGGGUUCGGACGACCUGCGAAGGUGUACAUGGUGUCGGCGGCCAGGACCGGCGGUAUUUCUGUGGCGGAGGCGGGCGACGGCCAUGGUGGCGUGGAGUUUGGGAUCCCUUUGCCCGCAGCCGGAAUGGAGCGUUUCCGCCGGUGCUUUGCGGAUGCCAAUCGCGAUGUGGGCACCGUCCAUGAACCUAGUCAUAUAUGA